GUAAAACGUGCAAGAAAGGAAAGGACGUUUCUGUUUCCCAUUUUGCCCAGUGUUCCCGAAAUGUGCCUGUUUCCUUCCCUAAAUGCCCCCUCCUUUUGGUCUUUUUAUGUCGUGGUCUUGUUCGUCUGCCGAAGCUUGAAAGCCAGAGGAGAACCAUCGCCCCAAUCCGCCGGUAGAAACCAGGAGCAAUCCGCUUCAGGGUUCUUCGAUCCUUGAAGCAGGCAACGCGUUCCCCUGAUCUGAGGCGAUCCCGAUCCGAAAGGUUGGCUUUUUACGGCUAUUCAUCCCUGAGGCGUCGGAUUUGGGGAGGGUUUUGUUUUGGGCGAAUUUGGUCGAGUUUAGGUUGGAAUUGACGGGGAGACUAGCUCUUGACGACCAGUGAGCAGAUCGUGUUGCGCUUGCGAGGGAAGUGGGGUCUCUGCUUUCGCGAGCUGAUGCCAUCUGGUGCCGAGAAAGAGAUGGUCCUGGGUUUUGCCAUCGGGCGUUGGAUUUGCAUAGAAGAGUAGGCGAAGGAAAAGGUUGGGGUUUUUCAUUUUGGGAUAGCAGAUUGAAUUACGACACAUGUUGACAACUCAAACGUGGGCUUAGAUGAGAUGAGGGAUGUUAGCAAAAUUGAUGAACCUAUUGAAGGCCUGCUGGCAGCCAUCAUCAAACAAAUAUGCCCAUGCAGGCUCUGACGUGAUCGGUCGGAAGGAUGGGCUUCUCUGGUACAAGGACAGUGGACAGCAUGUGUACGGUGAGUUCUCCAUGGCCAUGGUACAAGCCAAUAACUUGCUUGAGGAUCAGAGCCAACUUGAGACAGGACCUCUGAGCUCAGUUGAAUUUGGGCCGUAUGGUACUUUUGUGGGGGUUUAUGAUGGGCAUGGUGGUCCAGAAACUUCAUGUUAUGUCAAUGAUCAUCUCUUCCCGCAUCUGAAGAGAUUUGCAACAGAGCAGCAGUCCAUGUCAGCUGAUGUAAUACGGAAGGCAUACCAAGCGACAGAGGAGGGUUUCAUCUCCCUGGUGACCGAACAAUGGCCUGUAAAACCUCAGAUUGCAGCUGUUGGCUCAUGCUGUCUGGUUGGGGUAAUCUGUGGUGGUAUGCUAUAUAUAGCUAAUCUCGGAGACUCCCGUGCUGUUUUAGGCAGAGUUGUCAAAGCAACUGGGGAAGUUUUGGCUGUGCAAUUGUCAGCAGAGCACAAUGUAGGAAUCGAGCCUGUGCGACAAGAGUUGCAGUCAAUGCAUCCGGAUGAUAGACAAAUUGUUGUUUUGAAGCACAAUGUUUGGCGUGUGAAGGGCCUAAUCCAGAUCUCCAGGUCAAUUGGUGAUGUAUACUUAAAAAGGACAGAGUUUAACCGUGAACCAUUACAUGUGAAAUUCAGACUUCGUGAACCUUUCAAGAAACCUAUAUUGAGUUCAGAACCAUCAAUUACUGUGCAACCACUACAGCCCCAAGAUCAGUUUCUUAUAUUUGCAUCUGAUGGACUUUGGGAGCAUCUUAGUAAUCAAGAAGCUGUUGAUAUUGUUCAAAACAACCCUCCCAAUGGAAGUGCUCGAAGGCUUGUCAAAGCUGCACUUCAAGAAGCAGCCAAGAAACGAGAGAUGAGAUACUCCGAUCUCAAGAAGAUCGAUCGUGGAGUACGGCGGCAUUUCCAUGAUGACAUAACUGUUAUUGUUGUGUUCCUGGACUCCAAUCUUGUUAGCAGAGCCAGCUCACUGAAGGGCCCCUCCCUGUCAUUGAGAGGGGGUGGAGUCAAUGUGCCAGCCAACUCUCUUGCACCCUGCACCAUGCCAACCCAACUCGGUGCCUCCUGAUAUAUUCCUCUCAGUUCAUUAAUUAUGUGUAUGAAAUUAAAUCAGACCAACCUCCAUGAUCUUGCCCUCACCGGCAUCAGUCGAAAUGGGCUCAAGGACAGAUACAUCUGUUUUAACCUAUUAUAUUGUGCCAAUUCUCAUGCAAGAAUAGUUCAUCUGUGUAUUAUGCUUCUAAACUUGGGAGGAAGUAAUGUUUCAGAAUCAACAAUGAAGGACCACCAAGGCAACAGUUUUCACUA